AUGGAUUCGAUAUCGAACGUUGACCUUUUAAAUAUCACCAGACCCCAGUCGAAAGUUCCAAGUAUGGUUCAAGAAGCAUUGCCUCGGCAGGCAAGGCCACGGGCCAUAAAACAACCCCCACAGAGAAGCAUCGACGAAUUUUGGGCAAAGUUCACGACGAAGCACCCUGGCAAGGCCUUCACCAUCCUUCCCGACAACCUAUAUGCGAAGAGAGCUGCAGCACAUCUUCCAAAGGGCUCCAUUCCCGGCGAAAAUGCGCUGGCCUCAUACGAAGAGGCCGCUGAAGCAUGCAGACAGAAGGUCGCAAAAAUUGUAAAGGAAUGCAGACGACUGAACCAGAAAUACCGCGAUCCUCACUUCGAUAUCGAGGCCGAUUUCAAACGAUCACAACGCAAUCCCGAGAUACCUCCUGACUGCCUUACUUCGCUGAACGAAGAGAAGAGCACAUUCCAACCCAUGUCCGUAAAGAGAAUUGAGGACAUCUUCGAGAAACCGCAAUUCUUCAUCAAUGGCGCUACCGCCAACGAUGUUCGGCAAGGCAAUGAUGGUGAUUGCUGGUUCAUGUCGGCCCUUUGUACCAUUAGCAACAAAGAAGGGCUGAUACAAAGGGUGUGCGUCGCACGGGAUGAGCAAGUCGGCGUAUACGGAUUUGUGUUUCACAGAGACGGCGAAUGGAUCUCCGAAGUCAUCGACGAUAAGCUAUACCUCAUCAAGGAAGACUUUGAUGAUGCAACACUUGGCCGGCAUCAAUGGCUGGAACUGCAGAAUCGGAAGAAUCCCGAGGAGGAAUACCGCACUGCCAUGCAGACGGGCUCCCGUGCACUCUACUUUGCGCAGUGCAGUGACCCCAAUGAGACAUGGCUCCCACUCCUAGAAAAGGCGUAUGCCAAAGCGCAUGGUGAUUACUCUGCCAUUGAUGGUGGCUUCGUUGGCGAGGGCAUCGAAGACCUGACCGGGGGUGUUACAUCCGAGAUCUUCGCCACCGACAUUCUUGACAAGGAAAAGUUCUGGCGCGAAGAAUUGCUCAAUGUUAACCAGACCUUUCUCUUUGGCUGCGGGCAGAUGGGAGGCAUCUACGGCGAGCGCAAAGGCAUCCAAGAGAAGCACGCAUACUCUAUCAUGGAAGCUCGCGAGAUUGACGGUGAGCGGUUGCUGAAGCUCCGGAACCCCUGGGGUCGCACCGAAUGGACCGGGCGCUGGAGUGACGGCUCAGAAGAAUGGACCGCCGAAUGGAUGCAGAAGCUCAACCACAAGUUUGGCGACGAUGGAGUAUUCUGGAUAUCGUACAAGGACUUGCUUAGGCAUUACCAGCACUUCGACCGCACUCGACUUUUCGGUCCGGAGUGGACUGUGUCCCAGCAGUGGACCAGCGUGAAUGUUCCAUGGUCGGUGGACUAUCUGGAUACCAAGUUCAAAAUCCACCUUUCCAAGCCCAGCCCGGUCGUCAUUGUCCUCCAGCAAUUAGAUGAUCGUUACUUCAUCGGUCUCGAGGGCGAGUAUGAGUUCUCGCUACAAUUCAGACUCCACAAGGACGAUGAAGAGGACUACAUCGUCCGCAGCAACAACCCGUACUACAUGAAGCGGUCGGUCUCCACCGAGUUGGAUCUAGAAGCCGGCAAUUACACCGUGCUUCUCAAAGUCAAAGCGACCCGGGUCCCCAACCCGAGACCAGAGGAUGUCAUCCGAGCAACUUGUACCACCCGUCGCGAGAAGCUCCUUUCUCGAGGCCUUUCAUAUGAUCUAGCCCAUGCGAAGGGCCAGUUCAGGGAACAGCAGAAGGAAAAGGCCCAACGGGAGCGGGAGUCGAGAAUGGAGCGUAAAAAGGCCGAAUUGCGACGCGCAAAGGAGCAACGUGCGAAGCUCCGCAGGAAAGCCAAGCUGCGGGAGCAGAAGAAGGCGGCGAAACAUGGAAAGAGAGCUGUCAAGGAUGUCACCCAGGACCUCGGCGGUCUGGGUAUCCAAGUUGAGGAUGAGACUCGGCCCUCUGGAGACGAAGAUGAGAGGCAGGCACAGGCUGCUCACCAGCGGUCGGGCAGCAGUAGCACGUUACCGCAAGAACGUUCUGCCAGCCCAGCCUUCGGCGGUCGUAGUGGCUACAAUCGAGGACGCGAUGGAUACAAUGCCACAUUGCCUGGACCCCAGCAAGCCAUUCGAAAGGUCAACAGCAUGAAAGAAGCUCUUCAAGGCCGCGGAGGUUACAACGCGGCUGUGCCCUCACCGCUUCAAGGCUCAGUGCAACGUAGCGGAGAAGGCUUCUCUGGCCGCGGAGGCUACAAUGCUGAAGCCGGUUUCCAAGGGAGAGACGGCUACAAUGCCGGCCGCGAUGGUUACAACGCUGGAAGAGAUGGCUACAACAUUGGUCGCGACGGUUACAAUAUCGGUAGGGACGGCUACAAUGAAGGCGGCCAGAGCGAAUCUCCCGUCCCAACUCCCUUCACAGACGGCUCCCGCCCCGGAACGCCUGUCCAGCGCCCCCUCAGCCCGCGGCCGAAUCGUCGCCCAACUCUGAGUCCGAUUCCCGGAGUCCGACCUGGCAUCCAAGUUACCCGCGGCCGUGGCGCGAGCAUGUGCUCCCAGCGUGCACGCCAGGGCCUGUACUCCAUUUCCGACAUGUCGGACCUUUCUAGCUGGGACUCUGAGCUGGACGGUCCCGACUCGGAUGACUCUGAUCUUGCAGAUUCGGACGAAGAACUCCCGCGCUUCUUCGAGCACCGCUCCCACGGUCACCGUCACCGCCACCAGGACGAGGAGGAAGACGAAUUCGAGCGCGAUCCCUGGAACGCAGUCUGCGUCCUUGGUCUGCGCGUCUUCUCCAAGGACACAGAUGUCACCAUCGAAGUUGUCAAUGGAGAUGGUGGCGAGCGCAGGAAGAGAGGUGGAGACGGGGACGACGCAUCUGUAGUCAGCAGUAUCACGACGAGGAAGGAGAAGGAGCUGGAUGUCGAUGAUAGUGCGGCGGAUGCAACGAGUCCGCUUAGGACGAGAGGGAAUCUGGAUAGUGCUCUUGCAGAGAGAGUGAGGGAGGUGGGGAGCGCACCGGCGGGGAAGGAGCGGGAUAGGUCAGGUACGCUGUCUUAGAUUGAUGGGGUUUCUCUUCCGGCUUCAUGGUCUCAAAAUUCCUCUUAAGAGUUUCUUGUUUGGCAGUGCGCAUAGAGAGGGAUUUGUGGGUUGGGACGCGAAGGGUGGUCCAAAUUGCUUGUCUCGAUCAUGAUUUCGGUAUUAUAGAUAUCUUGAUUUGUUGCGCAACGAUGAACGGCUCUCAUACUUAGUUUGAAUAUCAUUCCCUCUCAGCCGGUCUACUUCCAUCUGGGUGCGUUCAUGGUGA